GAACUGGUAGGCCACGCCCCCUCUCUUCUAUCUACUGCGGAGAAGGGUGUCCCCAAACUCCCAGGUUCCAAUCCCCGUCCCCCUGGACCCUCCCGGGUCAGGAUUCGAGCUCGUGAGUGCCUGCUCGCACGCGCCCGUCCGCGAGAAGAAGGAUCACUAUGGGCUUGGCUUCGGUGUGCUGGCCCGGGUUCCUGCAAUCCUUCCUGCUACUGCUGCUGGCAGGGCGCAGCUUGGGCAGCUCCGGCCUGCUGCCCCUUGUCAUCAACACUUGGCCUUUUAGGGGUGCAACCGUGGCAGCAUGGCAAAACCUACAGGCUGGAGGGUCUGCUUUAGAUGCAGUUGAAGAGGGGUGUGCUUGGUGUGAGACAAAUCAGUGCGAUGGCAGUGUAGGCUUUGGUGGAAGUCCUGAUGAAUAUGGAGAAACGACAUUAGAUUCCAUGAUUAUGGAUGGCAACACCAUGAAAGUAGGGGCAGUAGCAGAUCUCAGACGAAUUAAAAAUGCUGUUGGUGUAGCAAGAAAAGUAAUGGAACAUACAAAACAUACACUUUUAGUGGGAGAAUCAGCUACCCAGUUUGCUGAAUGUAUGGGAUUUCCAAAUGAGGAAUUAUCCACCAACACUUCUCGUUUUCUCCAUUUGGAGUGGCUGAGCCAUAAAUGUCAGCCAAAUUUCUGGAAGAAUGUUAUACCAGAUGCAUCAAAAUCCUGUGGACCAUAUAAACCAUCUAGAGUCUUAAAACAGCACCUUCACACCUCUGAGAAAAUAAAUAUUCACAGUCAUGAUACUAUUGGCAUGGUUGUAAUUGGUAAGACAGGACAUAUUGCUGCUGGCACAUCCACAAAUGGUGCGAAGUUCAAAAUACCUGGUCGAGUUGGCGAUUCUCCAAUAGCAGGAGCAGGGUCUUACGCUGAUAGCACGGCUGGAGGGGCUGCUGCCACCGGAGAUGGUGACAUCAUGAUGCGCUUUUUACCCAGUUACCAAGCAGUAGAAUAUAUGAGAAAAGGAGAUGAUCCAACUCUAGCCUGCCGGAAAGUUAUUUCCAGAAUCCAGAAAUAUUAUCCUGAGUUCUUUGGGGCUGUUAUAUGCGCCAAUACAACUGGAAGUUAUGGUGCCGCCUGCAACAAACUUCCAGAGUUUUCUCAGUUUCAUUUCAUGAUUUAUCAUCCUCUGCAAAGUCAGCCAAUUGAAGAAAAAGUAGACUGCAUUUAAUCCUUUUCUGUCAACAUCUCUAUUUAAAAGAUGAAGGAAGAAACAAAGGCUGUAAAGGUUCACUAGCUGCCACUUUUGAACAUGUUCCUGCUCUGUACCACAUACAUUCCUUUGUGUCAGUAUGAGCGUCAGAGUAAAUUUGGGCUGACAUGACACUCUC